UCAACAAGCUUUUUUCUCAACGUUGAUCAAUAUCUCUGUUUGGAAAUAAUCCAACAAAAUCAAGAAUUUUGAUGAGCGUUAUUACUGUUAUUCCGAAGGUGGCGAAUUCCAGCAGAGAUUUUUAUUCCGACCAAAAUGAAUGGCUUCAUCAUUCAACAUCGUUUUCUAGUUUAAAUAGAGAUGAAGAGACCUCCGUCAUCGUCUCCGCUCUCACCCACGUAGUCGCCGGUGAGGUCUCGCCCGGCAGCGGCAGCAGCAGCGGAACUCCGUCCGCUGGUUCGUCUUCCUAUAAUUCCCACAAGAGAGGACGUCAAGACCAUGAAGUUCAACACUCCCUUUCAACUUCUCAUUAUUCCCCUGCUUUCAAUGAAGAUGGAAGAAAUGUGGUGACCGCAAUAUACGAAUAUGAGAGAGAAACAAAGAGAAACAUAGGAGAUGAAGAAGGAAGAAGAAGAUAUAGAGGAGUGAGGCAAAGGCCAUGGGGGAAAUGGGCGGCGGAGAUUAGAGAUCCAUUCAAAGCCGUCAGAGUUUGGUUAGGGACUUUCGACACUGCUGAAGCCGCCGCCGCCGCCUAUGAUGAGGCUGCCCUCCGCUUCCGAGGCAAUAAAGCCAAACUUAACUUCCCUGAAAACGUCAGACUCCGAACCUCCCCGCCGCCCGCCACAGCCAACCAAUAUGUCGUCGUUUCCGAAUCCCCCGUCAAUCUCUAUAAUCAAACGCCGAUGUCCUCAUCCAUGACAUCCCCUUCGUCGUCCGUCGUCGGGUUGGUAUCUCCACCGUCUGUUUAUGGGAGGCAGUGGAGUGAUGAUCACGGCGGCGAUGGGGGUUUUCCGGUGCCGCAAUGGACGCCGGAUGUUAAUGAGUACAGCUCACCUGAAUAGAGCGGCCUUGUGCUCUUGUUUUUUUUAUAUUUUUGUAUUUCUGACUUUUUUCUUAGUUUUGCAACAAAAUGAAUCCAACUAUUUUCUUAUUUUGGUAAAAUUCCAAUUCAUAUGGUUGGUUGAAAAAAAAUGUAUUUUUUAAUACAAUAACUACGAGAAUAGGUCAAACCUUCAAUCUCGAAGGAGGAAUGUCAUACUGUUGAGUUAACCUUGCUUUG